AUGUCUGUUGAAGUGGGUAGUCUAGGUCCCACCGCGGUUAUCGGUGAGACCGAAAUCGUUGCGGUCAAAAAAUAUCUCAUCGCGCACAAGGCCACGGACGCGGAGCUCUGUGCGCACAUCACCCAGCUCUUCCUCCCGAUCUACAAUUCCUUACAGGCCGCCUCUGGGUUGUCAAAAUACCGAAUCAACGUCUGUGACACGUUGGCAAUCUGGUUUCUUCGAGCGGGCCAAAUAUUGCAUGCAAAUCCUAGUCAGAAACCGUCCUUUAAGGCUCUUUUGGACCCCGUGGUGGUUGACUACUUGUUCCAUUACGUGAUUGACUUUUUCAACACCAGCGGCGCGGCCUUGGGGAACUCGUUGAAGGAGAUGUUCUCCAAGUUGGUAGCGCUUUUGAAGGACGUGCGCGAUGCGGACGCGCGCACACGCGUGCUCCGUGCGUGGAUCGACUUCGCCAUCACCAAGGUCAGCAUCACCUCGCGCGCGUUGUACUUCAUGGUUGAGGUACUCUCGCGCGAAAUCGACGCGGCGUACAUCCUCACCGCAUACCCCACGUUUGUCAACUUUGCCAUGUCGGUGAUGAGUACCGGUUCGUUGCUGAGCACAUGCGCACGUGCCAUCACCGCCAUCUACAAGAGCCUGCUCCAGGCAAUGCUCGCGGCUGCAUCGCAUACGGAUGCUGAGCGUGCAUGGUUGGAACUCUGGCAGGACACCGUCAUCCACAAUUUGCACGAUCUACGCCUCCGCCGUAACCUCCAAAUCUACUUGUUACCGCUGCUUUUCAAGCUCUCGCACGCCAGUUACCGCGGCUUCAUUCGCGGCUUGGGCGCAACGCUCGACUUAACCCGCGAUAGCGACAUUGACUUGUUGCUCGGGUGUGUGCGUAUCGGUCAGGACUUAGCAAUCGUGGAGGAGCCGUUUGACGGCGAUGCGCUCAUCUCUAUUGAGUACAUGAAGACGCUACUUGUCCACCAGACAACGGACUUUCGCAUCGGCGCGUUUGCAGUGCUCACCGCAUCCGCAAAGGGCUCCAAGUCGGUCAAGAACAAUGUCUAUGACGUGUUGCGCGAGGUUAUCGCUGGAUUCUUCCUUGAAACCGAUGCGAGCUUCCGUGACCGCUUCCAGUCGUUGCUUCGUGCAUUCAUUGCGCGUGUACGCGACUCCUGCUAUAGUAUGAACCGCGACAUUGCCAGGAUGCAAAAGGGCCGCGCUAAGAUGAAUGCGGCGCUUGUGGACGCCAGAAUCGCCGAGUUGACGCUAUCGAUUGACACUGGAAAACGGUUCUUGACCUGGCUUGCAGAUACCGCGUAUGCCCAGAUGAGGCCCGGUACGUCGUUCCAGCGCCUCGACUCGGGGUUCAAGGUUAUCACGGCGUUACUAAAGUCUGGCUUGGACAACCGCGUUGAUCGCAAGUUUUUCGAAAAGAACCAUUUGGACUAUCCCUUUUCCGUGGACCUCUACUCACACGCAGCUGCACGUCUCCUCAUCGACAACGUCACCAACGAAUUCCAAGCCGUGCGUGAACACGCGAUCCAGGUACUCUUCAUGUGGCCGCGCCCGCUCCUCACGACACACGUGAGCGCGCGCGCGGUGCGCGACUUGUGCACGGGAUCGUUCGGUAUGCUCGCGGCAAUCCGCGGGCGCAACGCAGACUCCGGUGCGCGUAUUUUACAAUUCGUCUUUAGCCUCACGCAGGACAAUGCAUUAUUGGUCGAGCUUAUCGACGCGUUACUCAGCGCCGUCGCCUUUGCGAAGCGCGACUUUGCACGCGCCGCGUACACCGAGUCCGUGCACGGCUACUACAACGCCAUCAGCGUGCUUCUCGAGGGCUUUGGCUUUGCAGAAGACCCGAUUUUGGACCCAAAAUUGGACCAGUUGGUGGCGUCCAUGUUUGAGAUCUGGGAGGUAACCCAACCGUUGAUGGCGCACGAGUCGCCAGAGGGUAACUUGCCGGCCGCAUUCCAGCAGAACUUGCUCCCCGAGCUCGAGGCGAAGUACGGUCCGGCCGAGCAGGUGGUGUUGUCGUACGCGUGGCGUGCGGUCAAGGAGUCGUCGAACCUCAUGCGGGUAAUGCUCGCACGCGCGCCCGCACGCUUGAUGGGGGCGUGGGUAGUCAAGAGCGGCGCGAUGAUCGUCCAGCAGCUCUUGGUCAUCCGCCAUCCCGGCGCGUUCUCCUCGGUGUACCCAACGUUCAUCGCGUGCUGCGCGCGGUGCAAUGGUGACGUGGCGUUGCGCGCGCAACCGGAGCGCUGGUUACGCGAGAGUUUGGCGUCGAUCCAGACAACUAGCUCGUACAUUACGCGGCGCUCCGGGGGCAUUCCCUUCAUCGUGACGGGCGUGUUGACGGCGGAAACGGAUAGGAACAGACCGUUGUUAACCCGCACGUUCGCAGAAUUGAUUGCGAUCGCGGAUGUGCCCGUGGACGCCGCGAAGGAGGAGAAGAACGAUAUUCCGCAGGUGCACGCGUUCAACUGCAUCAACCACAUCUUUGUGGAGUCAGCACUCGGUGACGCGUGUGCGGCUCAUGUGGACGCGGCAUUGACGCUCGCAUUGCCGCGCUUCGCGUCCCAGAACUGGUCCAUGCGCAACUGCGCGGUGAUGUUGUUCACGGCGUUGCAGAACCGGCUCUUUGGCUCGGACAAGGUGGGUGCGUGUCUUACAAAGGUGCCUGCGCGGAAGUUCUUCUCGCGCUUUAAGGCUGUCCGCGCGACUUUGCUAGCACAGCUUGCCGCGUCGGUGGAAGGCGGCUUAGACACAACGCGGACCAUUGAGACGGUAUUCCCAAUCUUGACGAUUCUCUCGCGGUUGGAGGCGGUAUCGGGGUAUGACGGAAUGGCAGACUUUGUGCCGUGGCUCCACCGGUGCCUCGCGAACCCCCAGUGGAAGGUGCGCGAGAUGGCCGCGCGCGCAUACCCUGCGGUGAUCGCGCCGGAGGCCGUGUCGCGCACGUGCGUUGCGAUUCUCGAAGAGGCGAGUACCAAGGAUCAGAACGGAUUACACGGGAGCAUUCUUGCGGUCCAGGAGUUGAUCAAAAACAGCAUUCGGUCGUACGACACCGCGCCAGACGCACGAUUAGUGCAGACCACGUACGCGCAGCUUCCUAGGUUCUUGCUAAGCAACAGCUGCUGGAGUACGGCCAAGGCGUACGUGAACUUGGUCUCGUUGAUCAACAGCUCUGUCAUGGAGCUGAAACUCUCCGAGACGUUUGUGAGCGUUUUAGGUCACUUUUUUCUCUCCCAGCACUUCCCGUCAAGCUUCUUAGAUGGACCAAAGAUGUCGCUUCUUGCAGAUACCGCGGCCGUUUUACUUGCGCACUAUCUCGCAACGCAAAAUGCUGCGUUAGGCGAUUUUAUAGCAUUAGCGCUUCGCUCCGACUUCCACGAGGUCCAGACUACCGCCAUUGAGUUCGUCAGUGAUAAUAUUUGUGAGAUAAGCAUGGCAACCCGGCUCGACAUUGUAUCCGCACUCUGGGAACUACUCAGCGGAGACGUCUGGAGUUAUGUCCAGGCACAGGCUCUCCAGCUUUUGCAACGCCUUCUCACCGACGCGGGUCUGGCGUCGCGUGAGCGGGUGAGUGUGUUGAUCGGGUUUACCGCCGACCACCUCUCGGAGGAUGUUCGUUCCACGGCGCUUGAGGCAAUGGGGCCGUUUGUAGGGAGACUAUGUCUCGAGGGGGACAACAAAGUGUUUGAGAGGUGGAUGGGGUUGGUGGUUGAGUAUUCGAAAGAUAGCAAGCCGUAUCAGGUUAGGUUGGCGGCGUUGCAGUCGCUCAUUGCGUUUGCGAAGGUAUGUGAGGGGGCUACGUCCGCCCAGUGUUUCGCUUCGUACGUAUCGCUUGUCCACUUCUCCCUCUAUCUCUUUCUCUCCGACGAAGAUGAGGAUAUCCGCAACACCGCCGCCACCUCCGUUGCUUCCCUUUUCCGUCUCUCCUUCACACCCAUCCCCCGCUUCGUCCAGGACGCCUUUGUUGCCCGGUACGUCAUAACCUUUGGCGACUCUGCCCUUGAAGCGUUGCAGGCUCACCAUGCCACUGCCGUAUCUAUGACUUUGCGCAAGUUCCAGCGCACCCUCCACCCCGACGAAGCUCUUUUCAGCACAGAGAAGGAAAACUUCUACCGCAACGACCUUGACCAGCGCGCCGAGGGAAAUACCAUGUUGCGUCGCGUUGCGUCGGCCUCAGCCUUGCUUCCGAGCGUGGAAAUCGAAACCACCCAAAUGUUGAAUUUGGUUCGUGGUUUGCAGCGUGACGGGUUUGCCGGCUGGGCAAAGGAUGAGGACGCCUUCUCGGGAAUCAUGGAGGUGUUGUGCGACUUGGCGUUGGUCAAGCAAUUGGACCGCGUACUCUAUGACGCCCUGUUUUCCUCCAGAGUGGAAGAGUUCCGCUGCUUGGCGAUAAAGCACGAGUUGCACAACCUAAUUAUCGAUGCCGUUCACGAAUUGCAAUCGUAG